GCCAUUUCGCAGCAGGUAUUAAUUAGAAUAUAUAUGUUUUAAGAAUAUAUUUUGUAGUGCGUAUUGGAUUUGUUAAAAGCUAUUUAGUUUUUUUUUCUUCAGAUAAACAUAAUAUUACGCAUCUGGAAACACAGCUUUUAUGUCAACUUUCGGUUUAAGUUAAACUACUCAUAUUGGCAUGGCAACUUCUGAGACCAAAACAUUUAUAGUUGAUGACGUUAGAGUGUGCUCAAUCUGCUAUGAAAAGUUUAAAACACCGAGAUAUCUCCCGUGUAAACAUUCAUUCUGCCACGUUUGUUUAUCUUCAUAUAUUAUCAGUCAGUGCAAAUCUAAGGAGGCACGUUUGGGAUUUCAUUGUCCGGUGUGCCGUUCUUACAUUCCUAGCCUUGGAGAUCCUGAAAAACCGGAAGAUUGGGUCGGUCUUUAUCCGAUUAAUGACGUUUUACAAAAACUGGUUGCUGGACCAGAUGAAACAUAUUGUGAACCUUGUUUAAGAGACAAUGAGAGAGAAAAGACUUCUGACUAUUGUUUAUCAUGCAAUGAGUACUUAUGCAUGUUGUGUGUCAAAUAUCAUAGAAAGAAUAUGGCGUCCCGAGAUCACACGAUAAUAAAGAUAAGUGAAAUGUUAUCAAUGCCGAUAGUUCCCGAAAAAAGACUUUCAAAUUGUUGUCCUAAACAUAAAAAUGAAAAGAUACAGAUGUAUUGUCAUGAGCAUGAGCAGCCGUGUUGUGGUCUGUGUGUGGGUACAGAGCAUAGGAAAUGUGAGAAGGUAGAUACAGUAGAGAACGUCGCACACAUCUUGAGAGAGAGUAGAAAGAUGGACUGCAUGCUUUCCGAUUUGAAUACAUUUAGACGGAAUUUAAUGAAAGUAAAAAACGAAGAAAUGAACAAUAUAUCUGAAAUUGAAAAUAUGGUAGAUGAAAGCGUCGCCAAACUUGAAGAAGAGACUUCAGAUAUAAUGCAACAUAUAGAACAAUUAAAAAAGGAGCAUAUAAAUGAAAUGUUUUUAACUCAGAAGAACGGCAGAGAAAAAUUGCAAAGAGAGAUAGAAAAAAUAGAGGACGGGGUCUCCUGUGUUGACAACUGUAAGGAAGAAAUUGAAAAAGCGAAAGGAACAGAAAACAACGAAGAUCUGAUACUGAAAUAUUUCACAGCUAAAGAAAUAUUUCAAAAAAUUAAGCAAAACAAUUUCAAAAGAAUACAGCUAAAAAUUGCAUCAGAAAAAGAACCAUCGUGGAUGAAAAUUACAACAGAGAUAAGAAAAAUUGCCAAUGUAAAACUUUCUGAAAUCACCCGCGUCUUUCAAUUUGACAUAAGCACUGUUGAAUUAACAAAGUUUAAGGAGUUUCCAAUUGAGAAUGCCACCAUUUAUUGUGGUUUAUUUCUCUCAAGAGGCAGAUUUUUGGUUGUUAAACACAAAGGCGAUGAAACGUGUUUGGUAUACGAUCAAAAUUGAGACUGCAUUAAAGUAAUCGAUGGUCUUAAGAAACCAUAUGGUGCUGUUCAAUGUGAAGAUGAGAUUUUUGUGAAAAACACUGCAUCCAAUACUGUUGACGUAUUUUCGUCUGAUGAUUUUCAUAAAAUAAGAAAUUUUCACCUGAAAAGCAUUAAUAUUAUGGGGAUAGCCUGUUGGGAAGACAACUUAUAUGGUGCUUGUGGAAAUCAAAUCUUAAAACUUAAUCGAAUGGGAGAAAUACUGCAGAGGUAUGAUGUAAAUGGAAGAAAUGUCUUACACAUAACAGCAACAAAAAACGGUCUAAUCGUGUACUCUGAUUGGAAACUAGAAACAGUGACAGCUAUAAAUGAUAACGGUUUUGAGGUUUGGAAAUAUCAAACGGGUGACCUGAAACAGCCGAUAGAAUUAGAUGUUGACUCCAGCGAUAAUAUUUACAUAGCGGGCUCUACAAGCAACAAUCUACAUGUCCUGUCGAGCUCAGGAAAGCGUAUUAGGGUCAUAGAGAAUAUUCCUACUCCAACGUUUUGCAAGGUCAACGAAGAUGAACGUAUUAUAUGUGUAUGCAGUGGAACUAGAAAUAUAAAACUUUAUCAGCUUUAACAAGAUAAACUGAAGGAUAGAAUUAAUUGAUAUUUGAUGACUUAAAACUUAAAUAAACAAUGUGUGCGUAUUUAUUCCAUUCACAUUGAUUGAAUUGCUUUUGAACGUUCUGUUUGUUGAGUUAAAUAACUUGAUCUCUU